GUUAUUCUCCCGGAAGGACCAAGCCCAUACGGACGUCGUUUAAUGCUCUUGAGACAUUUCUCGUUUGGAAAUGUCCCUUUAAUUGUAAUCAAACCGCAAACUAAUGUUAUAUUAUACAUAUAUGUAGAUGUUAUUACGUUUUAACAACCGAGGCUUUUAUUGUGAAGAGUUGUCUGACCGUGGUAGGCGUCUCGUCGCUGUGUCCAGCUUCACGACGCCUCAAUCAGUAAAUUUAGCCUGUUAGCUAUAACAUGGGGAGCAGUUUGUUUGUUUGUUGGUCUCUAGCUUGAGCCAUCCAUCAUGCACAUAAACUGCCCUCCGCUAUGAGUCUAAAUAACGACAGUCUGGUGAGAUUGCAUCACUGACUGGGUGAUGUCCGCCCAGCCUCUGCAGCAGCAGUCCAGGGAGGAUUCAGCAGCCUGCUAACUGAGCCUGCCCGGCUAGCUGAUGCUGAUGACUGGCUGUUUCCUGACAUUGAUUUGCAGUGGGAGGCACCAUGGCCGGUAAGGUGAAGUGGGUGACAGAUAUUGAGAAAUCAGUGCUCAUCAACAACUUUGAGAAGAGAGAAUGGAUUCCAGUCACAGAAAACGAGGACUGGAAUUUCUACUGGAUGAGCAUCCAGACCAUCAGAAAUGUCUUCAGUGUGGACACCGGCUACCGCCUGUCAGAUGACCAGAUGGUUAACCACUUCCCCAACCACUACGAGCUGACCAGGAAGGACCUGAUGAUCAAGAACAUCAAACGCUACCGCAAGGAUCUGGAGAAGGAAGGGAGUCCGCUGGCAGAGAAGGACGAGAACGGGAAAUACAUUUAUUUAGAUUUUGUCCCCGUGACGUUCAUGCUCCCCGCCGACUAUAAUCUCUUUGUGGAGGAGUACCGCAAGAACCCAUCCAGCACUUGGAUCAUGAAGCCCUGCGGGAAGGCUCAGGGCAAAGGCAUAUUCCUCAUCAACAAGCUGUCCCAGAUCAAAAAGUGGUCCAGAGACAGUCGCACCUCAACGUUUGUAGCAGCAUCUAGUGGCAAAGAGGCUUACGUCAUCUCCUUGUACAUCGACAACCCCCUGCUGAUCGGAGGGAAGAAGUUUGACCUGCGUCUCUACGUUCUGGUGACCACAUAUCGGCCUCUGAAAUGCUACAUGUACAAGCUUGGCUUCUGCAGGUUCUGCACAGUCAAGUACACACCCAGCACCAGUGAACUGGACAACAUGUUUGUUCACCUCACUAAUGUGGCCAUCCAAAAACAUGGGGAUGACUACAACCACGUCCAUGGAGGCAAGUGGACGGUCAGUAACCUCCGUUUGUACCUAGAGAGUACCAGAGGGAAGGAGGUGACCAGCCGACUGUUUGACCAGAUCCACUGGAUCGUGGUGCAGUCACUGAAGGCCGUGGCUCCUGUGAUGAACAACGACAAGCACUGUUUUGAGUGUUACGGGUAUGACAUCAUUAUUGACGACAAGCUCAAGCCGUGGCUUAUCGAGGUCAACGCCUCUCCCUCACUGACCUCCAGCACAGCCAACGACCGCAUCCUGAAGUACAACCUCAUCAACGACACUCUAAACAUUGUCACGCCCAACGGGGACAUCCCAGACUGCCGCUGGAAUCGCAGCCCGCCCCGAGAGGCCCUGGGCAACUAUCAAGUCCUGUACGACGAGGAGCAGGCGCAGAACGAGAAUGCCGAGCGUGACCUGCGGAGCCGCUCGGGUCAGUCCCUGGGGUCAAAAGGCACAAAGGGGAGUGCAGGCGUUCGACCCGCUGCAGCGACCUGGAAGUGAGGUGAUAUUUGCUGACUCUAUAUGACUUCCUGUACAAUAUUACAGGGUGCAGCAAUGGGAAUACAAAAGAAUCACCCAGACUCUUUUUUAGCCCAACUGUGCGAUGGAGGACUUGCUCCCAGUCUCCACAUCUCACUGACUGAGGGCACAAGGCCGACAACUCUACUGCUGGGGGGGAAGAAAAUCAAUAAUGUGGUCAUAUUUGGAGAGUUUAAAGGUUUAAAGGAGAGUUUGUGGCUGUUUGUAUGAAUGAGUAACUCAAAAUGUAGAAAUUAUGCUGGUGGGGCUGAAGGUCGAUCCCAAUAUCACAUACAGUGUCAACAGCAGCAGCCACGGCAGUUCCCACCCCAGUCCAAGCUCCCUAUGAAGAUAAGGAAAAACCUUCCCCCCCAAAAAAACCUACAAAUGUGGAGAGGAAAUUCAAAAAGAAGAUCCUUCUCCUCGGACGGUUGCAGUCGACGCUGCAGGUUGGAAAAACGGCAUCAACACAGAUUAAAAGAAAGUUGUAAAUUACAUACAUCAAUUGAAAUCCAACAUGAAAAAGGAGGAUUACAACAACCUGAACUAUGCAUGAUUACAGAGUCCUGACACUUUAACUUUAACCCACCACACAGGUGCUAAAAAGAAGGAGCUCUGUGAGUGUGUAUGAAGUGAUAUGGAAUAGGUAGAGACUAGAGAUAUAACAAAAGGAUAUAAAGAUAUAAUUAACUGAUAGGCAGUUGAUAGGCAGAAUUAAAAGUACUAAAUGUGUAUAAACCCUUAAAAUAGAAUUUAAUAAUGUUUUUUAUAAGUGCAUUAUCAGUGUGUAUAUACAGUUGGGGUUUUCUUUGAGGUUGAUUGUAUUCAGUACUGAACCCUAUUGCACUUUAUUACUUUAUUUUUGAUUGAACAUAAAUCAGAUGUUGAGUUUGACCACUAAUGUCGUAUCUGCUGCUUAUUUAAAAUCUUAAAUACUUAUCUUUUUUGAUACACUGAAGUUGGGUUGAAUAGUAUUGGAAAAUGAUUGCAGUAUUUGUUUUAUUUCUUCUUUUGCAGUAUUCUCUGUGGUAUUUUAAAACAUAUUUCAUCCUUUUAUCAUGAUAUUUGCAGCUUUAGCUUUUAGACCAAUUUGAUAAGAAUGUAUUGCCUAAGUGGGGAUUUGGGUGGUCUCAGUUGAGUUGAGUACGCUCAUCCAUCAAUCACAGCUAAAGGCCAUGAUUAUCAUGAUAAUCACUUUAUUUACACUUUAGAUUGUUCUGUCAGUGGAUGAAAGAAAGGUGUUGAAAGGGCUCCAGAGAAAACAUUUCUGUAACCAAAUGGGGAUUAAAUCAAGCUGUUCAGCCCUGCAGUGAUAUAAAAAAAAAAACCUAUUUGGUGCUUUGUGAAGUUAAAUUCUUGAUUCUUGAUGUGAAAUAACAAACAGAAGGAAAACUCUACUAGAUUGUGUAACAGGCAUCUUUUUUUUUUUUGCUUCCUUUAUACAAUUUCCCUUUAACCUACUUAAAUAAUGGAUUUGGUUUAUUUUUUUAAAUGUCUUGUCACUUUACUGUGGUAUGGGACCUUAAAGCCUUUGAUGAAUCUAAUCUGUCUUUAGAUUAAUCAGAGGUCAAUCCUUCAUGGCAGUUAGUCUCGUGGCACCGUUCCUUGACCUUGAAGAUUUGACACUCCUUCACCACCACCUUGUUGUUUCCUCCUGGCCCUGGCGCUGGUUACUACAUGCAGAACAGCAGCUUAUCAAUGUGUGUAAGCCAUAAACCUGUUGGUCUGUAACCAAAUUCCCCCUAAAUGUCAAGUUGUAUUAGUCAUUCUUGGGCUGUAAGACACUCACAUCCUUCUGUGCUUGAGAACCAAAUUGACUGAUUCAACCCUGAGGUGUGUCUUGCAGUCAAAUAAGGAACUGUGUUGACGUAAGGCUAGUUUCUGGUUUUGUCUGGCUGCUUGUUUUCUUUAUUGUGGUUAUAAACUGUGCAGUUUAGGACACAUAGCUUUUCUGUUUUUAGCUUUCUGUAUGAGAAGUUCAUUGUUUCUUUUUAGUUUUCUUUCAAUAAAAUAUCCAUGCUGGUGCUGCCUUGACAAUGAAUAA